CGCGAGACGGCGGUUUGCUGUUACUGGGAAUGCGAUUUGUACGUCCCUUCUCCCUGGAGUAUUUUAUUUUGGUAGAUGCUGAGAGAGAGUACGUAGUCACGGGCGGUGCAGGCGUACUCGCACUCGCGUCGGCACGAGCACUCCUCGAACACGGUCUCCAGGGACUCGCGCUGGUCGACUUGCCGUCUGCUUUGAAAAAGGGCGAAGAGCAGAUAAAAAAGCUGCAGAGUGACUUUUCCGACGCGAAGAUUGUGACGGCAGCCUGCGAUGUGACCAGCGAGGCAGAUGUGCAGAAUGCGGUGCAGACUGCAGUGGACCAGUUGGGUAAUUUAAACAUCCUCUGCUGCUUUGCAGGAAUUGCCAAAUGCGUCGCAUCGGCCGAUAUGAGCAUCGACGAGUGGCGAAAAGUGCAGGAUAUCAACACGACUGGGUCUUGGAUCACGGCGCAGGCUGUUGGGAGACAUAUGAUAUCCACCCAAACCCGCGGGCGAGUCGUCUUCAUCGCCUCGAUCAGCGGCCACCGCGUCAACUACCCCCAACCGCAGAUGGCCUACAACGUCUCCAAAGCCGGCGUGCUUCACAUGCGCAACUGUCUCGCAGCAGAGUGGACACAGUACGGCAUCCACGUCAACUCUGUGUCUCCAGGCUACAUGGACACCGUCUUGAACGAAGGCGAUCAACUGGCCGCCCAUCGGGGCGUGUGGGCGGACCGAAACCCGAUGCGGAGAAUGGGAUCGCCGCAGGAGUUGACGGGGCCGGUGGUGCUUCUGUGUAGUGAUUUCGGGGGGAGCUAUUUGAAUGGAAUUGAUAUUGUGGCGGAUGGGGGUGGACUUGUCUUUUGAUCUGUGGAUAUGAUUGAUGGAAUAGCUUUCCGUGAUGCAGAAGACUGUGGAAACCAGUGGAGAGGGUCGUUAUACUUGAUGAAUAAUUACAUGAACACCAUGCAUUAGACUGCAUGCGAAUCCCAGUCCGCUUGAGAAUUCAUAAUCUCACGAUGUUCAAUCCAGCCCCUGAAUGUUGGGCAGGAAGUAGCAUCCUCUUACGGAGUAGGAGUACUCGAUAGUCGAUAUCUGAACAAAGAACUGCUGUCUCGAAUCUGG